AAGUUGUCCAUUUUGAUGUUGGGCCAGGCCUAUCUGGAGACUAUUUAAUGGUAGCUCUGAAAGUGUGAAUCCACCAGUCCAAACGUCCACCAACUCAAAGUUCUUCAACCUCCCCAGUUGAAAAACUUUGCAAGGUGAGAGGCUGAAGGGAUUCUUGGGCAGCCAAAAGAUGGGACUCUCUAUGUACAUCGGCCUCUGUUGCCUUGGAAUAUUGAUCACUAAUCCUUUUUUGGGAGCCAAGGCUGCAUCAUGCAACAGAGACUGGUUGCAGAAACAAGGGAACUGCUACGGAUAUUUUGAUCAGCGACUAAGUUGGGAUGAUGCUGAGCUUGAGUGCCAGAGCUAUGGCCCAGGAUGUCAUCUCGCCUCUAUCCUCAGCUCUCAAGAAUCCUCGCUGGUGUCUGCAUACGUCAAAGACAAACAGGGAUCCUCUAGCCAUGUCUGGAUGGGGCUCCGUGAUAUCUCUGGGAAAAGGCGAUGGAGAUGGGCUGAUGAAUCCACCUACAAUUACAAAGCCUGGAUGGCACACCAGCCAGACAACUCUAGAAAGAUUGAACACUGUGUGGAGCUGACAAAAUUCUCAGGUUUUAAAUUGUGGAACGAUAACUUUUGUGGCAAUCUAAAUGCUUACAUUUGUAAGUACCAACUGUAGAGCCAUCUGGACUACAGCAACUGGGAUGCAACCAGACCCAGCUACAAAACACCUGCAAAUUUGAUCGACACUCUGUUGAUUUUAUUGCCUCUGAAUCGUCCAGAAGGAAAUAUCAGAUCUCCUCCCUUCCCAUCCACAUUUCCCCUUAGAAUAGACAACUACAUCAUUACCCGGUCUUCCUCCCCUUUCUCAAUGGAAAUACAAUGUGAAUAAAUUCUCUGCAGCAUGUAUAUAA